AUGUCUGGCAUUCCAAACCUUCCAGAAAGGUUUGAUGACCUUCCCGACAAGCGUCGGUUCUGGCCUGGCGCGGCAGGAUCAGAGGAGGAAGGACUGGGGAUGCUGCGCCUCCUCACUCCGGAUGUUGUCGCGCACGCGGCGCAAACACAGAUCCAGACCGGCGAGCGCGUGUGUUUGAACUGGGAUAUCGAGAAUCUGAGCCCACCAGGAUUCGGCCGCAAGCCUUUUGAACACCGCAUCAAGUGGGUGGCAGAGGGCAUCGCCUUCGACGACGAGUACCACUUCAACCCGCAGCAGGGGUCGCAAUGGGACGGACUCCGGCACCAUAAUGCGCCGGCACCCACGACCGACAACCCUGACAGACGGGUAUUCUAUGGCGGCACGACAGCGGAGGAGAUCCAGGACACCCAAAACUCACGGAUUGGAAUCGGGUUCUGGGCAAAGAAGGGGAUUGCAGGGCGCGGUGUGUUGAUCGAUUACCUGUCAUACGCACAGAAGAAGGGGAUCCACGUCAACGCGCUCAGUCGGCAGACCGUGUCGUUGGACGAGGUGCUAGAGAUUGCGCGCGAGUGCUGCAUCGACUUCCAAAAGGGUGAUAUCUUUUUCCUGCGUCUCGGCCUGCCCAAAACUUGGAAGGCCAUGUCCGCCGACCAGCGCCACAUCUACAGCCAGCAGGCCGUGCCGCAGCAUGCGGGUAUCGAGCAGAGCGAUCGCGUGCUCCGCUUCAUGUGGGACAACCAUUUCGCUGCGGUUGCUUCCGACGCUGUUAGUUUUGAGGUCUUCCCGCCUCUCUCGCCUGAGCAUGACUUGCACCACCAUCUCCUGGCCGGUUGGGGCGUCCCCAUUGGGGAGAUGUUUGAUCUUGACGAGCUUGCGGAGACUUGUAAGCGACUGGCCCGUUGGAGUUUCUUUAUCUCGAGUAGUCCUCUCAACUGCUCGAGGGGCGUUUCGAGCCCGCCUAACUGCAUGGCCAUUUUCUAG